AAAACCGCCUUUUAACGUGUCGGGGUGUCACACCAUCAAGAACGUGACGCAUUUCUUACCAGUUGACGUUUGUAAACAAAUACCGAAACCUACCAUUAUUUUGUGGAACUUUGAUCCAGACAACAGAAGAUUAAACAGCUUUAGAUAGGAAUGUCUGCACUGCGGGCAUCUUGUGCAAGUCAGCGGAUACUGGAGAGCACUGUCGGGGGUCCACUAAGUUAUAAGUAUCUCCACCAGAGCAUAGAAACAAGUCAACUAGGACAGCGUAAGACUGGGAAUCCUAAAACUGUGAAGAAAUUCCACUUUUCUCCAACACAGAACAAAAAAGCUGAUUUAUUAGAUCGAAGAAUACCCAGUAAUUUAAAGGACAAAUUAAAAGAUGCUUAUGAUGGUGUAUCUGAAGCAGUUAUCAGAACCCCAGAUUUUGUGAAAGGUUAUGUCCAGUAUGUUUCAGUUUCGUCUUUAUCAAUCGAAGAAAAGUUUCAUAAGAAAACCGAGGCAAAAAAAUCAAAAGAUAUUGACAUUGGAAUAGAGGACGAGGCCAGUGCUAUUUCAAAAGACUUUCCCACCCAGAUAGCAGAAAGCUCAGUCUUGUCAUUUUAUAACCCAACUGCAGAGCCUGAACCAAGGUACAGACCAAUACCUUUGUCCAAGUCAGAAAAUGCACAGAACCAAAAUGAAAAUGCUACGGUUGAGAAAAGUCAAGUGCAGGAUCGAGGGUUGUGGCAUUUGCUGGACAGAUUUUGGGCCACUAGUGCUAAGGAACCUACACCAACAGUAGAAGUAAAGAAGAAAAUGAUUAUCAGAAAAGAUUACGUGUCACGCUCUGCAAUUUCCAAAAAGACACUGGAGCAUGUGAAUUUAAUAAGUCGUGCCGAAUCCCCAGACUCUAAACUCAGGCGACUGGAGGACUUUUGUCACCACUUAAUGUUAUAUCCAGAUGAAAGACAAACUGCUAUGAAGCAUGGUCUGUUAUCAGUACUACUGAAAAUGCAGCUAAACACAUCCAGUGAAUUAACUCAGAGUGAGAUUUCCCAGGCCCUGUCACUGAUUGGCUACGUCCAGCCUCCCAGGGGUCGCGGGGUCAAUAUACUUACCAUUGAUGGAGGCGGAACAAAGGGAUUGGUAGCCUUACAGACCCUCAGGGAAAUAGAACGCCAUUGCGGCAAACCGAUCUACAAGCUGUUUGAUUACGUGUGUGGGGUUAGCACAGGUUCACUCAUUCUGGCAAUUUUGUUCCUGUUUCGGCGAAGUAUUACAGAGUGUGAGGAACUGUACAUAGAGUGUAGUCGGCAGAUGUUUACCCAGAACAGAACACGGGGGUAUAGUCAGCUGGUGCUGGAUCAUUCCUUCUAUGACGUGGAAUUGUUUGAACGAAUUCUCAGGGAGAAAAUGGGAGACAAAUUCCUCUCUGAUUUCUCAGAAGACUCUCUUUGUCCAAAGUAUUCCGCUUUAUCUACCUUAUCCAACAUCAGUCAGCUACAGAGCUACAUGUUCCGGACCUACAACCUGCCCCCCGGGGUCUACUCCAUGUACCCGGGCAGCUGUAAACACAGGGUGUGGGAGUGUAUCCGGGCUUCCUCAGCAGCCCCGGGCUUCUACAAACCUUUCGUUCUGGAUGAGUACAUUCAUCAGGAUGGAGGUAUCAUGCACAACAACCCAGCCUGUGUCGCCAUUCACGAGUGUAAACUUCUGUGGCCCGACGAACCCAUUCAGAGUGUUAUCUCCCUUGGAAAUGGUCGCUAUGAGCCAAAUAUUGAACUUAUGUCUAGUCUACCCUCAGCGAAGAAACAGAUUGACAAUAUCAUAGAUAGUGCUACAAAUACUGAAAAUGUGCACAUGACUCUGCAGGAUCUUCUGCCCCCAGCGACAUAUUACAGAUUUAAUCCCUACAUGUCCGACAACAUCAUGCUGAACGAGAUUAAGCCGGAGAAAAUUAAACAGAUGCAAAAAGAUGCCAGGAUGUAUAUCCGCAAGAAUGAGCACAAGCUUGUCGCAGCUUGCAACCAGCUCAUGUUGCCAAGGAAACAGACCCAGAGACUUGCCGACUGGAGCAGACGACAGAAGUUAAUGAGGUCGAAUAAAAAGGCAGGAAUUUUUGGAGGGAAAAAAUAAUAGUUUAAGAAUCCCAUAUUUUUAAUAAUGUGAUAUCAAAUUUUUGUCUGGACUUUCAAUGACCUUAUAUUUUGUGUUGUCUUGAUAUGUAAGCAAUUGCUUCAAGUAUUAUUGUAUUUUGUGAAAGUAUGACAUAAUUUAUUAAUUAAAUAAGGAUUUUGCAUUACAUGUUUUAUGUGAAAUAAACAUUUAAUGGUAAAUGGAUAUUUACACAUGUAACACUUGUAAACUGCAAUUAGAUAUGUAGAGAAAUGAAAGAAUUUUUUUUGUAAUAAUGUUGUGUACUAGUCAAGUGCAUAUACCGGUAUAUAAUUUGUUUAUAUUUUAAUUCUUACCUUUAAAUGUAAUUGGAGAAAUACUGAUUUUGCCUCCUUCAACAAAACUGUUUUCAUCACAAUUAACCUUGGUGCGAUUUGUUCCUCUCUUUAUUUAAUGACCAGGAUUGAUUUUAUAGUACAUUUUACCUUAGUUUCUUUUAUAGUACUUUCUCUGUUGAAUACUCUUGUCUUUCAUGAAAUAUAUUUUAAAACAUGCGUCUGGUGUUCCAUGCUUUGUCACACAUGUUUGGUCUUGCCAAUCAUUCCGAUUGUAUUCAUCAUGGUUGAAGAACAUUACCGAACGUCAUUCCAUGCAAAGAAUACUUCCAUGGUGUAUAUUGCUCUUCCCUGAACACUUUUUCUGUAUAAUACAUAUUCUGACUUAAUGUCCAUUCUGUAUUCAAUUUGUUUUUUUCAUGUUUUUCUCGGUGCAAACAGAAAUUCAUAAUAGGUGUAUUGGUGCCACACUAUUCAUCAUUGUGUUAAUAAUUUCAUGACUUUCUUAUGUCAUCUUGAUACGCAUGCUGCUAUUUUUUCCCUAUACAAUACUUUGCCUCGUUUAAGAAAUUAGUGAGAGAUAUGAUUUUAGAACAUAUCAUAGAUUUUUAGGAGGUUGAGCUGGUUAGUGCUAGGAUCAUGUCAAAUCCUCAUAUGUGUUAUUUAUUGCUAUAUGGCAUUAUGAUUUUUUAUAUGACUGAUUUUAAUGUAAUAGAUUCAUGUAAUGUACAUGAGUGUAUAAUUAAUUUCUUACAUGCAGUACUUGUGAGUAUGUGUCUGUUAUGUGCCAUUAAGGAAAUCAUUUACUGUGUAAAUGGACACUUGUUGAUUCUUUGAAAGGAAUUAAAACAUUAUAAACAAUCA